ACGCACACACCCUCCCUCCAUCCCUCUCAUAUAUUGUCCUUAGCCACGCACAGCACCAGAGCACGUGCGUGCUCCCUUUUCGAUUCGAACCAAGAUGUUGAGCGCUGGCGGCAUGGUGCCCGGGGCAGGGGGGCUCAAGGGCUCCUUGGUCCUCAUCCCUAAGAAGGCGCUCGAUUUCCACGACUUCCAUGGCACCGCCAUGGACGGCGGCACCGACACGGAGCUCUUCGGCGGCAGAGUCACCUGCCAGCUCAUCAGCUCCACCCUUCGCGGCCGCGCUGCAGGCAAGGCGAGCCGCGGGGAGGUGGGCGAGGAGGCAAACCUGGAGCCGUCUCUCCUCCUGAAGAAGAGCCUGCUGAGCGUCCCGACGGGCGAGGAGACGUUCGAGGUGACCUUCAACUGGUCCAUGGAGUUGGGCGUGCCGGGCGCCAUCAUCGUCAAGAACAACAGCGACACCGAGUUCUACCUCAAGACCAUCACCCUCGACGACGUGCCCGGCCACGGCGGCGCCGUCGUCUUCGUCGCCAACUCUUGGGUCUACCCGCAGGCCAAGUACAGCUACAACCGCGUAUUCUUCGCCAACGACACGUACCUGCCGCACCAGAUGCCGGCCGCGCUCAAGCCGUACCGCGACGACGAGCUCCGGAACCUGAGGGGCGACGACAAGCAGCAGGAGGGGCCCUACGAGGAGCACGACCGCGUCUACCGCUACGACGUCUACAACGACCUCGGCGACGCCCGCGACGUCCUCGGUGGCUCCAAGCACCUCCCCUACCCGCGCCGCGGCCGAACCGGCCGGAAGCCCUCGCCCAACAAGCCCGACCACGAGAGCUGGGGGGAGACCGUCUACGUUCCACGUGACGAGCAGUUCGGGCACCUCAAGGCUGACGACUUUCGGGACAACACCAUCACGGCGCUGGUGGGCACCAUCAUGCCGAUCAUCUGCACGCUGCUCGACGACACCAAGGGCGAGUUCGACACCUUCGGUGACAUCCUCAAGCUCUACACGGACGGCAUCGAGGUGCGCAACAUCCCGGUCCUCGAGGAGGAGGGCAACAUCCCGGCCCAGCUCCAGCUCCAGCUCGUCAAGGACCUCAUCACCCCCAUGGCCCUAGACGAUUGCUUAUACAAGCUCAAGCUCCCCAGGCCGCACAUCAUCAACGAGGACGAGAAAGCAUGGAUGACCGAUGAUGAGUUCGCGAGGGAGAUGCUGGCCGGCGUCAACCCCUUGAUGAUCAAACGCCUCACCGAGUUCCCUCCCAAGAGCACUCUGGAUCCUAGCAAGUACGGCGACCACACCAGCACCAUCACCGAGGCGCACAUCGGCGAGCGACUCGAGGGCCUCACCGUGCACCAGGCGCUCACCAGCAACAGGCUCUACAUCGUGGACCAGCACGACAACCUGAUGCCGUUCCUCAUCAACAUCAACAAGCUCGAGGGCAGCUUCGUGUACGCGACCAGGACCCUGCUCUUCCUGCGAGGGAACGGCACACUCGCGCCGGUCGCCAUCGAGCUCAGCUCGCCCCGGCUACAGGGUGACCUGACCACCGCGGAGAGCACCGUGUACACGCCUGAGGACACCGGCGUCGAGGGCUGGAUAUGGCAGCUCGCCAAGGCCUACGUCGCCGUGAACGACUACGGCUGGCAUCAGCUCAUCAGCCACUGGCUCAACACGCACGCGGUGAUGGAGCCCUUUGUCAUCGCGACUAACAGGCAGCUCAGCGUGACCCACCCGGUGCACAAGCUCCUGCACCCGCACUACCGCGACACCAUGAACAUUAACGCCAAGGCCCGGGGCUUGCUCAUCAGCGCCAACGGCGUCAUCGAGAUGACAGUGUUCCCGGGCAAGCACGCUAUGCCCAUGUCUUCCAUGGUCUACAAGAACUGGAACUUCACCGAACAAGCUCUGCCCGACGAUCUAAUCAAGAGGGGCAUGGCAGUGGAGGACCCAUCGAGCCCGCACAAGGUGCGGCUGCUGAUCGAAGAUUACCCGUACGCCGCGGACGGGCUCGCCGUCUGGCAUGCGAUUGAGCAGUGGGUAGCAGACUACCUGAGCAUCUACUACCCCAACGAUAGCGUGCUGCAGGGCGACGUGGAGCUACAAGCAUGGUGGAAGGAGGUGCGGGAGGUCGGGCACGGCGACCUCAAGGAUGCGGCGUGGUGGCCCAAGAUGCAGACAGUGGCGGAGCUGAUCAAGGCCUGCGCCACCAUCAUCUGGAUAGGGUCGGCGCUCCACGCGGCCGUCAAUUUCGGGCAGUACGCGUACUCAGGCUACCACCCCAACAAGCCGUCCAUGAGCCGCCGACCGAUGCCGGUGCCGGGCAGCACGGAGUACGCGGAGCUGAGGGACAACCCGGAGCUGGCGUUCAUCCACACCAUCACCAGCCUGUUCCAGGCCCUGGUGGGCAUCUCGCUGAUGGAGAUCCUCUCCAAGCACUCCUCCGACGAGGUGUACCUGGGUCAGCAUGACACGCCGGCCUGGACGUCAGACGCCAAGGCACUCGAGGCGUUCAAGCGGUUCGGGGCCAGACUGGUGGGCAUUGAAAAGCAGGUGGACGACAGGAACAAAGAUUCGCGGCUGAAGAACCGCAUCGGGCCGGCCAAAUUCCCAUACAUGCUGCUCUUCCCCAACACCUCCGACCACACGGGCGAGGCCGUGGGGCUCUCGGCCAAGGGCAUCCCAAACAGCAUCUCCAUCUGAGGAGGUCCAUCUCUGCUUGCACCGGAACUAGUGUGGGAGUUCUGCCAGUGCAUGCUUGCCAUGACCUCAAUAAGGCAAUAAUGCGUGCACGACGGAUCCGAUCGACAUGCGGAAGCGCAGCUGGCUACUGCUUACUGGUUAAUGCAUCGUCGUUUAGAGAAAAUUGCCCUUCUUUUUCCCAAUAAUAAGAUCUAUGUUGCGAUGCUCUGUUUGUCAAAAUAUAGUCCAACCCUCCGGUAUUGUUAUAGUCUUCGGCUUGGGCGUUUUAAGCUCCUAUAUGUUACCUCUAUUUUUUUGGUCCAAGUUCAAGUUUUCCAAAUAGUA